AUGUCCGAGAAGAGAUCUUUGGAACAAGAAUCAAGCCAGCAUGACGCAUCUGUUUCCAAGAAGCAAAAUAGUGCUGGUAUUGCGCACAUCAAGCCGGAAUUCAUAGUUACCACUAGUAUUUCCUCUCAGAUUAGACCUUCUACCGCUGACGAAGAGGAAGAGCCGGUUUCUGACCGAGUGGCUACUGGGAAAAAUGGUGGCAAGAAGACGAAGCAAAAAAAGAGAGGUCAGAACAAAAAUCGCAAUAUUAUGCAGGUCAAAGAACAAUACCAAUUGUGCUCCAAACUGGUGAUGGGAAGCGGCAAUGGGGCCGAAUGUACGUUUGGAGAUCAAUGCCGCUAUGUCCACGAUAUAGACGAAUAUCUUUCCCACAAGAAACCGGAAAUUGAAAGUGAGCAGUUUCGGGUAUGCCCAGUUUUCGAAACCAUUGGUCGUUGUCCCAUGGGGCUCAAAUGUAGAUUUUUGUCUUCUCAUUACAACUCGGAGACGAAGCAGUUGAAAUUUAAAUCCGAAGACGAGACUCAAAAGCUUUAUGAGGCGAACCACGAGGUCAAUCACAUUGCCGCUGAUAAAAAGUUAGAUCUGAUAAAAAAGCGGUUUCCCUUUGACAAGAGUAACUACGUGCUUGAGAUUAUAGACGCCAUUCAGCAAGAAUACAGAGAGGGUUUAAAUGAGCUCAAACAAGUUGGAAUUGAGAAGGCUGGAGAAAACGGCAACAAAGAAAAUGCGGCAUCUGAAGAGAAACAAGUUGCCCCACAGGUCUUGCAAAGGGAACAAGAACAGCGUGAUAAGAGGCAGCGUCAAAAGGAUUUAUAUCUUGAGUAUAAAGACACUAGGUUUUUCGCACAGGAAAAAAAGCCUUUGGAUCUCAACAACAAGAAGAUAGUCUCUCCGUUGACCACAGUAGGAAAUCUACCAUACCGUCGCUUAAUGCGCAAACUCGGAGCCGACGUCACAUAUUCUGAAAUGGCUCUAGCGAUACCAUUGAUCCAGGGUACUAAUUCAGAGUGGGCCUUGCCUAAAGCUCAUGUCACAGAAACUCCAGGUUUUGGUGUGCAAAUUGCUUGUGCGAAGGCAUGGCAGGCCGCUAAAGCUGCUGAGGCAUUGGCAGCUCAUGCUCAAGAUAUAAGCGAAAUCAACCUUAACUCGGGCUGCCCGAUAGAUUUGCUGUAUAGGCAAGGGUCGGGGAGUGCCUUGUUAGAUAACCCAGCUCGUAUGAUCAGAUGCUUGAACAGCAUGAACUAUGUUUCUAAUGACAUUCCUGUUAGUGUAAAAAUCCGUACAGGCACUAAAGACGGACACCCAAUUGCUCAAGGACUGGUCCGCCGUUUGGUUGGUGAGACUGAUGUUGCCGCCAUUACAUUACACGGACGCACAAGGCAACAGCGCUACACACGAAGCGCCGACUGGGAUUACGUUAAGCAAGUUUCUGCUACUCUAAGAGAAGCAGAGUUCGACGCUCAGGAAAAAAAUAAGGACAAGAGAGAGUCCAAGCAUCGCAUUCAAUUUGUUGGGAAUGGAGACGUUAAUAAUUUUGAAGAUUGGUACCGGCACAUGGAGGACAAAAAUAUGGAUAGUGUGAUGGUGGCCAGAGGUGCUCUGGUAAAGCCUUGGAUAUUUGAAGAAGUAGAGGCCCAGCAACACUUGGACAAGAGUAGUCAGGAGAGGCUGGAAAUUCUGAAGGACUACGCAAGGUUUGCCAUGGACCACUGGGGGACAGACGAAUAUGGUAUAUCUCAGAGUCGUCGAUUCUUCUGCGAGUUCAUGUCCUUUUUCCACAGGUAUGUUCCCAUGGGUAUUUGUGAGAGAUUUCCGGUUUUACUCAAUGAAAGGCCUCCGAAUUGGAAGGGUAGAAAUGACUUGGAGACGUUGAUGGGAAGUAACGACGUAAGUGAUUGGAUCAAGUUGAGCGAGAUGUUUUUCGGCAAAACUGACGAGAACUUCGUGUUUUUGCCAAAGCACAAGAGCAAUUCAUUCGCUAACUAG